GGCCUUGCGCGGUGCUAGCUCCCUAGCGCGUUGGGCGGGGUGUGCGGCAAGCGGCUUCCCGGGCAGGCGCGGGCCCCGAGGCGGCGGCUGCGCCGUGCGCCGGGGCGGAGCCGGGGGCGGGCGGGCCGGCGGGCGGGGGCUGGGCCGGAGGAAGCCUGAGCGCCCGCGGCGACGACGGCAGCGGCGGCCCAGCAGGCUAGAAGCGUGGGUCCACGGCGGCUCCGGGUGCGGCCGCGGGCUGCGGAGCGACCGGGUGGCCCGGCUCCCCGCGUCCCCCGCCCGCCGCUACUGUCUGGAAGAUGGCGCCGGGCGGAUGGAAAUCCUAAUGACAGUCUCCAAAUUCGCCUCCAUCUGUACCAUGGGCGCCAAUGCCUCGGCAUUAGAGAAAGAGAUUGGUCCAGAACAGUUUCCGGUCAACGAGCACUAUUUUGGAUUAGUCAAUUUUGGGAAUACCUGCUACUGCAACUCAGUUCUGCAAGCACUUUAUUUCUGUCGUCCGUUUCGGGAAAAAGUCCUAGCAUACAAGAGCCAGCCCAGAAAAAAGGAGAAUCUUCUCACGUGCCUGGCAGACCUCUUCCACAGCAUAGCCACCCAGAAGAAGAAUGUUGGCGUGAUCCCGCCCAAGAAAUUCAUCACACGGUUGCGAAAGGAAAAUGAGCUGUUUGAUAACUACAUGCAACAAGAUGCCCAUGAAUUCCUAAAUUACCUACUCAAUACAAUUGCUGAUAUUCUGCAAGAAGAGAGAAAACAGGAAAAGCAAAAUGGCCGCGUACGGAACGGUGAUGUGGACACUGAGGAUAACAACAGCACACCAGACCCGACAUGGGUCCAUGAGAUUUUUCAGGGAACAUUAACUAAUGAAACCAGGUGUCUUACUUGUGAAACUAUAAGCAGCAAAGAUGAAGAUUUUUUAGACCUUUCUGUUGACGUGGAACAAAACACAUCAAUUACUCACUGCUUAAGAGGUUUUAGUAACACAGAGACUCUGUGCAGUGAAUAUAAAUACUACUGUGAAGAGUGCCGGAGCAAGCAGGAAGCACACAAACGGAUGAAAGUUAAGAAACUACCCAUGAUUCUGGCUCUACACCUGAAAAGAUUUAAGUAUAUGGACCAGCUUCAUCGAUACACAAAGCUUUCUUACCGGGUAGUUUUUCCUUUAGAACUUCGUCUAUUUAACACUUCAGGAGAUGCAACCAACCCUGACAGAAUGUACGACCUUGUUGCUGUCGUGGUUCACUGCGGAAGUGGUCCCAAUCGAGGCCAUUAUAUUGCAAUAGUUAAGAGUCAUGAUUUUUGGUUGUUGUUUGAUGACGACAUUGUAGAAAAAAUAGAUGCACAAGCUAUUGAAGAAUUCUACGGGUUGACGUCUGAUAUCUCCAAGAACUCGGAGUCUGGGUACAUCCUUUUCUAUCAGUCUCGAGACUGAAGGGAGCCAAGGUGAAGAGAAGCGGCUGCAUGCUUCUCUGGUGGUUUCGGAAAGGAUCAAGCUGAUGUUCAAGAAGAGAGAGAUGCAGGACGCUCAGGGCAGUAGCACACUUUGCAUACAAUAAAGCAAAGACUGUGGAUUAACAUGCCCUUCCGAUCACAGUAGUUGAAUUUUUUGCUCAGGAAUCAUGCUGUCUGUGCAGUUCCACACAAGCAAGUGAAAUCAGAGAUACCAGCUCCUCUUGUAAAGCAGCUGCCAGCUGCCGACACACAUUUUCUCUGUAACCGCACCAAUGAUGAUUUGAGUUCCUCGGGAGGGCAGUGGAAGAAUUAGAAUGUGCUCGGUUGCUGGAGCGCGCCUCACUGUGUGCGCACGGGAUGCUUACACUGUGGAUGGGAGCAGCUGAGUGGUCUUUUCAGACGUACCUUUUGGAAAGUACCUUUGGGCCCAACACUCGCAGUUGCCUUCCUGACACCCAGAACUAGCAACAUGGAGCCCAGUGUCAGGAAGUCAAGGAUACUCUGCUUCUCUGGAGAAGCGUGUGAUAAUGUACAGUGUGUGUACACAGAGGGGACAGUGGGUCAGAAGUGGCUUCUUGGUUCCCCCAGGGGAAAGACUGGCUUUGUAAUGAUCAUUUUCCUUAUUUAUUUUAUUAAACUGGUGGAGUCCGAGCAUUAUAUGAAGUGCCGGUGAUUCUGUCAGCAAAUCCUAGCACAUUUUCCCAGUGUGUCAGGAGGUAGUUCUGUUGUCUGUCUCUGUAAGGUGAACUGAAGAAUCUAGUAAUCACUAAGAUAAUCAUGACAUGAUCGCAGUGGUGGGUAGAUACUGUCAGGAGGGCUCUCCCUGGCUGAAUAGUUUCUCUUUGUCAUAGUUGUCACUUGCUUUUUUAAGGUUUUUUUUUUUUCAGUGAAGUAGAAACCCUGUUGCUAGAAUGAUAAAGGAAACCCCAGUGUGAUGUCAGCACACUGUCGGUCAGAACCCCAAAACUGCUAGCAGUUGUUAGUCUCUUUAGCCUUGGGAAGGACUGCUGGGCCCAUUAGAACCUCAGUAGCCAGGGAGCAGCUUAGAGCCCUUUGGAAGAUUACAGUAAUCUAGAGGAGAAGCCCCUCCCCCUCCUGACCUGCAGCAGCCAUUAGAAUGGUGUUCAGGAGCUUGUGACACAGUGCAGGGAGUCUCCGUGGACGGCUGAGCAUCAAGUGGUAUGGCAGGGCUCAGUGUAACUUGCAGAAAGCAGUGGAAGAUUAUGGUCCAAGUCCCAGCAGCCCAGCACUGAGUGGUCCAUCACACUGCACUCUGCAUGCCGUGGUGGUGGCCCGUUGAUAAGCCCCUAAUUUUCUAAAGUUAUUUUACUAAAACUGUUGACUGAGAAGCAAACAGCAAAAAGAAAUGUUUUUGUGCUGCUAUUAACAUUUAUUUUCUGUACCUUUUAGCUCAGGAAAUGACCUCAUCUAGUCAUCCCAUACGCCGAUGUAUAACAGGGUCACUUAGCUAAUUGGGCUUCAUAGACAGAUGUGUUGGAAGAAAAAGAUGAUCUUUUGACAAACUCAUUUUAUAGUUUCUGAAGCCUUACCUGGCUGGGGUUUGUGAUCUUUGCCAGCACCGCACAGAGAGCACAGCCAGGAGCGUGGGGGAGUCAGAGCUGUGAGAGCAGGUGCACAUCGAGGGCUUCAAACAAAUUGUGUGGGAAUGCAGAACUGCGUUUUUUGCAGCUUUGUGUUCAAAGAAAAGGCAUAAAGUAUGGCUGGGUCCUCGAGGCUGCCCCUUGCAGCACUGAAGUACUGUGCUGUUGGUUGUACACAGUUUUCUUGAAUUUAAAACGUACGCAGAAGAAAGCCUAGUUCCGCAUGGCAGCAAGUCCUAGCAAGGGUGCUGAGCUGGCAGUCAGCCACUCCCCGCUCGGGUCCGCUCUGGACAGUUCAGGGGAAGGACUGCUGACUGUUGCCUCUGCUCCUUUUCAUAGUGAGAUGGAGCUAAGUAAAACAUUUUGAUUUUAUCAGAAACUCAAUAAACUUAUAAAAAAAAUCCAGGGUUUGGGUUGGGGACUGGGAAUAUCAGGUGUAGUAGGUGGAAAAGGUGACCCGGCCAGCACGUGUUUCCAGGUGAUUGUUCUUUGCCUGUGAUUCUGAUGAGGCCAGGUGCCAGUUGCGAACAAGCCUAGUUGCUGUGUAAUUAUGUACAUGUUUGCUGGGGCAGCUGUCCCAAAUUUUGUAUAUUAGAACAAAAGUUUCUAUGAAUUAUCAUAACUAAAAGUAAAUAUUCUAAGUUAAGCCCCACUUCUGAGUCAUGUGACUUCUGCCAUAGGAAUUUUACCUUUAGAAGGUCACUUACGACAGGAGCCACGCGGCUUAGGAAGGGGGCAAGGAAAUGUGCUGUAGUGGCCUCACGGCCUCAGCCAUCAGUGUAGGGUUUUUCUUUCCUUGAUGGCCGUAGGAAGACCUCACUUUCAUAUACGCCUGAUACUUUCUGUAAAGAUUCUUUUCAUUUAAAAUUUUCUUCGUGAGGGAUGUGGCUGGGAGCUGGGAGGCAAGGUGCUGGAGUCCUGGCUCUCCAGUGAACUUAACUGUGUGACCGUGGGCAAGUCACUAACCUCUCUGUGCUUCAGUCUCCCUCCUGUCAAUGGGAGUAAUACCUACCUCACAGGGUUGUUGUGGGGAUUAAUUAGAAAUAAUGUCUGUAAAGCAUUUAAGGUUCUUGAAGAAGGCGCUAUAUAAAUACAAAAUAAUAUCUAUUAAAAUUGGCUUAUUUGUGA